UCAGUUGUCAGUUGUAGUGUUGUAGUUGUCAGCACAGCACACAUUCAUUCUUGUUGGGCGUUAUUCCUUGCUUCGCUAGACAACGUCAGAUAUUGAAACGUUGAUUUGUCAGGAGUCAAUUUUCUUACGACCAGUAAUGCAGUGGUAGUGCAGAACAGUUAAAUAUAGCAGAUUUUUAAUGGUGGACUUUUAAUAGUGAUGUCAUAAACUUCAUCAUGGGACAUCAACUGUACAACUUCCCCGUUAUUUCUUUGAACCUUCGUCAAGAAGAAACUGUCCAUCAAAUUGCGGAUGCUCUAGAUUAUCUGAACGACGUUGUCAAUGACAUUUUUGGACGCAUUGACAGCCGGAUCUCAGAAAACAGAAUCAAGCUUCAACAGCUUAACAGGAGAACUUCUGUGGCAAAAGCCAAAAUAGAUAAGUUAACUGGCAGCAAUAAAGCUACAAAGGUUUUCUCCAGUGCUAAGUACCCAGCUAGUGAUAUUCGAAAGGAUUAUCAGAGUGUCUUCAGCCCUCCCGAAACAACUGAAUUUAAACGGUGCUCUACAGAUUUAAAAACAAAACAGGAACCUGUUGAUGGAAAAGUUCCCCAAGAAAAGCUGCAGUUCUAUCAUGUGAAAGUAGGAUCUCGAAUGCGUCGUAAUUUAGAGGUUGCUGUUGAGGAAGGACUAGGAAGUCUUCCUCCUGACAUAGACUCAGUUUCAUCCUUAUUGUUGUUUAACACGUCUGAAAAUCCUUAUAAACGAUAUGUUCUCCUUGAUCCCCUUGGAGCAAUCACGAAGACACGUCAGGCUUUAGAGGAGGAAGGUGGGAAUGCACAUGUCAUGGAUGAUGCACCCAUAUCCAUUGCUCAUCAAGAACGUCUGGAGACAAGAGCUGGUGAAAAUUUCUUCUAUUCUCCUGGUAUGGGUGAUGUGCCUGACAUUGAUGUUCCAUUAGAUCUUCCUGACUUGCCUGGAAUAGCUGAUGACUUAAGAUAUAGCAUGGACUCUGGACCUACCAUUGCUCCCUCUGUUACUACUACACCUGCUAUCCCUGAGCUCCCAAGUCUUGUUCCUGAAAGUCCUGCUACACCCACUUGCACAAAUGUAAACGGUAGUGCAACUGUACCAGAUUUCAACGGAUCUUUACCAUCAAUGGAUACUGACUCUAUUCCACCACCUCCACCCCCAUCAGCUCAGCCACCUAAACUUCAACACAUGCCUCCUCCACCUCCACCUCCUCCUCCGCCUCCACCUCCUCCAGCACCUGAAUCUUCAACUUCAGAUGCUGUUAAAUCAGUUGAAAAACCUACUCCAGCUACUUCAUCAGUUCCUGCAACUGCUGUUGAUUCCCGGGCAACACUUAUGGAUGCUAUCCGCAAAGCAGGUGGGUCUGUAAAUGCCAGACUGCGCUCAGUUGAAGAUCGAAAAGUUGAAGCUAAAAGAAAGAAGCAAGAAGAGAAAGCACAGGGAGGAGGUGACCUAAUGGCAGACCUGCAUGCCAAAUUAAACAUGAGAAGGAAAGGAAUAGCCGGUGCCAAUAAGCUUCCAGAGGGAUCUGCCAUGGACAAAGUUUCUGCAAUGAUACCUCCACCUCCAGUUAAGGAGAGAGCAGCUUCCACCUCUGCGACAGAAGAGGAUGAUGACUGGGAAUAGAACAAAUAAGUAGUAAUAUCCAAUGUCUUUUCCAUUUAUUUUCUAGUUAUAUUUUUAAGUUGUAACUUACAAUUAUAAUACUAUUUUUUUUACAUAAAAUAAAUAAGUAAUCUUCUCACAAUGUUGCUUGAAAAAUACUGAGGAGUCUUUCUUUAUUAAAUUUUUUACCCAAUUUUAUGUAAUAAAGAUUGUAAAAAUUCAAAA